CGCACACCGCCGCCGAAACCCUUUCGGAAGGUCACUCUAAACGGGACCUAAAUCGUUCACAAAACCCCGUUCGCUCGAAACAUUAAAAGUCACGUCAUCGCAGCCGACUGCGGUUUGUGAAGUGAGCUCGCGGUGAUGAACUGUGGCGGUGCACGAAGCAGUAGAAGGCGACGACGAAGAACAUAAGCAGCACCCACGCAAGCGCAACGAAACCAUCUGGCCGUGGAACAACUUUGAUCACGGUGCAACUGCUGCGUUGACCUAUUUGUAACUACGCACAUUUCGGGAAGUGUUAUCUUUGGCCACGCGACGUAAAUACAAUGGAAUCAUCAAUCCACGAGUUAAAUAAUCAGCCGGCUCACGGGAACGGAAAAGCACCGGCAGCGGACGGAUGGCACGGAAACGGUCAGUCGAAGGAGGAUGUUGCCGGAGCGCAGCGUCCACGGAGGCUUUCCUUUAACGGGUCCGACAUGGAGCUGUCCGAUUUGAAGGGACAUCGUCACGCAGCAGACGGAUCGUGGAAGAACCGUGAAUCGCCGAUCGAUACCAAGCAAAUGCUGGUGCUGCUGGCAGCGGCCACAACGAUUGCGGUUUCCGUCCGAUAUCUGCUGCCAGUGCUCGACGUUGCAACCUUCAGGACGUUUGUCUCGCAAAGCGUCGCAGUCGCCGGAAUCUUCUGGAACGACUUGUGUGAACGAAUCGUACGCCUUCGGCCAACUAUGGCCAGCUGGGAUCGUAUGGUACCCCAUGCCGAACAGACCGCGUAUGUGUUGUCCGCACUCGCAUUCGGGCUGCUGGUAUCGUCCUUCACUUGGUACGUGGUCUACCUCGACAGCAGCAUUCCGGGAGUAAAUCCUCCGACACCGUUUUCGGCAUCCAAAAAACGUUAUCGCGGCGGAUCAUUGUCCAAGGAACGACGGUUCCAUCUCGGCUACAUCACCGCCAUGAUCAGUGGGUUGGUGGUAUUUCUGAUCCUGGUUCUGAGCGAAUAAGCAAGGGAACGGAGAAGACAGAUAGGCACCAACCCGCACUGACACUUCCAUCAAGUGCCUAACUUUCAGCAUUGCAUUUUGUUGUUGCUUUAGAAUCAUGAGUUCACCCGCCACCAUAGAUAUUUAUUUUGUAUCGUAAUUUUACAAACUAACACCACUUAUUACGUUGAAGUAAUGGAC